AGAAGGGGCCGCGGCGUCCCCGGAGGCGGAGUCUGGGUAUUACCGUUGUUCCCAUCCAGAGAGGAUUUCUGGGGAGAGCAAUAGAGACGUGAGCUGGGCUAGAAAGGCCGGAGAUCGGUAGGUGUAGCGGCUAGAGAGGCCGGAGGUUAAGUGAAGUCGGGCGGACCCGGAAUCCAGAGGAAACGGGACCAUGACUUAUGCUUAUCUCUUCAAGUACAUCAUCAUCGGGGACACAGGUGUGGGCAAGUCAUGUCUCCUCCUGCAGUUUACAGACAAGCGGUUUCAGCCUGUCCACGACCUCACAAUAGGUGUGGAGUUUGGGGCUCGUAUGGUCACCAUUGAUGGAAAGCAAAUCAAACUGCAAAUCUGGGAUACGGCUGGUCAAGAAUCCUUCCGUUCUAUCACCCGUUCCUACUACAGGGGAGCGGCCGGAGCCCUACUGGUGUAUGACAUUACCAGGCGUGAAACCUUCAACCAUCUGACUUCAUGGCUAGAGGAUGCCCGGCAGCACUCUAGCUCCAACAUGGUCAUUAUGCUGAUUGGGAAUAAGAGUGACUUAGAGUCUCGCAGAGAUGUGAAGAAAGAAGAAGGAGAGGCCUUUGCUCGGGAGCAUGGGCUUAUAUUCAUGGAAACCUCAGCCAAAACAGCUUGCAAUGUUGAAGAGGCCUUCAUUAACACAGCCAAAGAAAUAUACAGGAAGAUCCAGCAGGGUUUGUUUGAUGUCAGCAAUGAGGCAAAUGGCAUCAAGAUCGGUCCCCAACAGUCUAUUUCAACACCAGUGGGACCCAGCACCCCUCAGAGGAACUCUGGUGACGCAGGAUCCAGCUCUGGCUGUUGCUGAACAUCUGGCCUGAACUCUAUUUUCAACCCAGAACCGCUUCAGAUCAAUAAGCUAAAAGAAAGAGGUGUAACUCGCUUAGGUUGAGAAAAGCCUCUUUUCAAGGCAUGCUGUUUUGCCUUUCUACUUAAAAAAAAAAAAAAAAAGAUCAGGGGAGAAUUUGGGCCCCUGUUCUUUCUUCAGGGUUGUGAGCAUUCCCUGCAGGUUAGGGCACUUAUCUUCCUAGUUUAAUUCCUACAAUGUUAUGCUCAAACUUGAUUGUUAUGGUAGUUCAAAAGUAAACACAUUGUUUUAUAAGAAUUCACAAUCUCGGGAGGUGGAGUGACAGUAUGGUGGGUAGGGCAUCUUGCACACCGUCGACCUGGGGUUGAUCCCCGGCACCCUAUAUGGUUUACUGAACACCACCAGGAAUGAUUUCCUGAGUGCAAAGCCAGGAGUGAGCCCUGAGCACUGCCGGGUAUGGCCUAAGAACCAAAAAGAA